AUGCGGUCCGCUGCUGUCAGAGCGCUGCGCAAUGCGAGAUUAAAUUCCAGGCAGACGAGGCCACUCCUUCGAAACUAUGCCACGGUCCGGGAUCCUCUGCACAAGGAUCCUGUCGAGCUGGACCAGAUCACAGAAUUACCAAAUGGAGUCCGAGUCGCGACCGAAUCGUUACCGGGACCUUUCGCGGGAGUGGGAGUGUAUGUUGAUGCAGGGUCGAGAUAUGAAGACGAGUCACUGCGCGGAGUCAGCCACAUCGUGGAUCGGUUAGCCUUCAAGUCCACAAAGACACGAUCAUCGGAUCAAAUGCUUGAGAGCCUCGAGUCACUAGGAGGGAACAUUCAGUGUGCGUCUUCGAGAGAAGCUUUGAUGUAUCAAUCUGCAACAUUCAACUCCGCCGUCCCUGACACGAUUGCGCUUCUCGCCGAUACCAUUCGAGACCCUCUCAUCACCGACGAAGAAGUGGCACAGCAACUUGACACUGCCCAGUAUGAGAUACAAGAAAUAUGGUCUAAACCAGACUUGAUUAUUCCGGAGCUGAUGCAUAUGGCUGCCUACAAAGACAACACGCUCGGCAAUCCUCUGCUAUGUCCGCAAGAAAGAUUAGGCUACAUUAAUCGAGAUCUGAUCAUGAAAUACCGAAACAAAUUUUACAGGCCGGAGCGGAUAGUCGUUGCAUUUGCGGGCAUUGAACACGACUUGGCCGUCAAGUUGACAGAACAAUACUUUGGAGAUAUGGCCCGGACAGAGACUCCGACGACCCAAUCGUCACUCGAAUCAGCCUCGAUUGAUGCACCAGCGUCCAGUCCGCCGUACCAGAACUCCCAGCAAUCACCAACGAACAAAUUCCUCUCAAAACUCCCUGGGUUUAGCAAUUUUUCAACUUCAGCUCCACAUCAAGCGACCGUCUCGCCUUUAGAUCCUUCACUAAUUCAGCCCGACCCAACUUCACUCCUUUCCCAGCCCUCUCACUAUACAGGAGGCUAUCUAGCCUUGCCUACGCUUCCAGUUCCUCAAAACAAUCUGUCCAUACCGCUAUCACAUGUCCAUAUCGCUUUCGAAGCCUUGCCGAUCUCGUCGGGUGAUAUCUACGCGCAAGCCACGUUGCAGACCCUGCUUGGAGGAGGCGGGUCUUUCUCGGCUGGCGGACCGGGCAAAGGAAUGUACUCACGAUUAUAUACCAACGUGCUCAAUCAACAUGGAUGGGUGGAGAGUUGUAUGGCCUUCAAUCACAGCUACACCGACAGUGGUCUUUUUGGCAUUGCUGCAGCAUGUGAACCUGGACGUGUUGGGCAUAUGGUCGAUGUCAUGUGCCGCGAAUUGCAGGCGCUCACUCUCGAUUCCGGGUUCCCUAGUCUGCAGGCGGCCGAAGUCAAUCGAGCGAAGAAUCAACUACGGUUCAGCCUCCUCAUGAACCUUGAAUCCCGUCUGGUGGAGUUGGAGGAUCUAGGUAGGCAGGUUCAGACCCACGGCCGCAAAGUCGGGGUCAAGGAGAUGUGUGACAAGAUCGACGCUCUUACCGUCGCUGAUCUGAGGCGGGUUGCAAGGCAGAUCUUUACGGGAAAGGUAGACAACAAGGGCCAUGGCACUGGUGCUCCAACCGUGGUCAUUCAAGAGGGGGAAGAUCCCAGUGGCAGGAAGAUCAAGCAAAUACCGUGGGAAGAUGUACAAUCUCGGAUAGCCAGGUGGAAGCUGGGACGGCUCUAG